GCUAAUGAUUGGCACGCUUGACAGUGAUUGGCAGGGCUGCCAUGACAACGCUACAACGACACCAAGAAGACCAAUAGAAAAGGGAAACAAAAUGUUUCAAUGCUACACUCAACGGCGGAUUUAGGGGGGAGAUAUUAUGAGGCUGGUGUCAUUAGGCGAUAGCCAUUGAAUCAUUCAAUCUUUUUUACUGGCCGUAUUUUUUCGGUUUUUCCUUUUUCUUGAUAAUUUUCUUUCUCUCUCAGGUCAUUUCCAUGGUUUUCAGAUCCCCUUUAGAGCUUUAUCCCUCCCAUUUCUUCCUGCCAAACUUCGCUGAUCGCCCUGUGCUCCUGGCGAACAGCGCUCCCACCACCAGGUCUCCAGAAGACUUGUCCAUGUUUCAGCUACCGACCCUCAACUUUUCCCCGGAGCAGGUGGCGAGCGUCUGUGAGACGCUGGAGGAGACCGGGGACAUCGAACGGCUGGGCCGCUUCCUCUGGUCCCUGCCUGUGGCUCCGGGAGCGUGCGAAGCGAUCAACAAGCACGAGUCCAUCCUGCGCGCCCGGGCCGUGGUGGCGUUCCACACGGGGAAUUUCAGAGACCUGUACCACAUCCUGGAGAACCACAAGUUCACCAAGGACUCGCAUGGCAAACUGCAGGCCAUGUGGCUGGAAGCGCACUAUCAGGAGGCCGAGAAGCUCCGCGGUCGUCCCCUCGGACCGGUCGAUAAGUACCGGGUGCGGAAGAAGUUUCCGCUGCCUCGGACCAUCUGGGACGGCGAGCAGAAGACGCACUGUUUCAAAGAGCGGACGCGGAGCCUGCUGAGGGAGUGGUACCUUCAGGACCCAUAUCCAAACCCCAGCAAGAAAAGGGAACUGGCUCAAGCCACUGGACUCACUCCUACACAGGUCGGAAACUGGUUUAAAAACCGGAGGCAACGAGACAGAGCCGCGGCAGCAAAAAACAGGCUCCAACACCAAGCAAUAGGACCGAGCGGUAUGAGGUCCCUGUCAGAGGCCGGCCUCACCCCUCACAGCUCGGCAGAGUCGCCUUCAACCGCGGCCAGUCCGACCACCAGCGUUUCCAGUAUGACAGAGAGAGUUGAUACUGGGACGUCCAUCCUGUCCGUCACAUCCAGCGACUCGGAGUGCGAUGUAUGAUACGGAGAAAAAAAACACACAUAAACAAACAAAAAGAGAAAUAUUUACAGGGAAAAUGGACCUGAGAGGAAGAAAAAAAGACUUGUGAAAUAUCGCGGAUGAAAAAAGGACCGAUUGAUAUAAAUAUUAAAAUAAAAAGAGAUAAAGCACGUCGUUUUUUUUUUUUUUAUUAAAAAGCGCUUUCAAAGGACCCACGCCUCCCCCUCCUCUUCAUACCCCACACCACCACCACCACCACCACCACUACUACUACUACUACUAAACUACUUGCAUGAUGUCAUUUUAUUUUUUAUUUUGUAAUAAGGGAGAAUAACCGGAAUGCAAGAUUUUCCAUCAGGAACAUCGAUCAGAGGGAAUAAAGACAGAUCGUCUUGGUGUUCGUCGCUUAUUUUUUCCUCAUCUCCGUUUUUUUGUGCUGCUGCUGCUGCUGCUGAUGAUGAUGAUGGCGAUGAUGAUGAUGGUGACGGCGAAGCAGCCGCCAUGCAGACAAGAUGCAAUCCUGUUUUUACUUUGUGUUCAUCAGACAAUCAUUUUAAGUCGUAAGCACCUUUUUAAAUACACUUCUGUCACUGCCUGUGUGGGGUACAUGGUCAAAAAAAUAUCCAACGGAAUCGUCAUGACUGUAUAAGAUUUUUAUUUUUAUUUUCAAAAUUUUAUAUUGAAUUAUGUAUAUCUCAAAUAAUGCGAUCAUUCUCCCGGUCUGUACUAUACGUGUAGAAAUAUGCUUGUACAUAAUUAUGGCUCUCCCCCGUCUCAUCCUCUUUUCUAUCCCUUCCUCACUUUUCUUGACUUGGUGUUCCUACAUAAAAUAUUUGUCAAAACUUACAA